CACAGAGAGAGAGAGAGAGAGAGAGAGAGAGAGAGAGAUUGGCUUGGCUUGGCUUGGCUUAAAGGCUUUUUCUUUGUGCACGAUGAGCUGAGUAGGACUCCAAAAGAUCACUUCUUCUCCCCCCCAAAGAAGAAGAUGGCAAUAGCACAGCGACAAGGUCACGACCCAUCGUCACCGCAAGAGCAAGAAGACCAUCCUUCCUUCUUGUUCGAUGAUGCUCUCUACUGUGAAGAGGACAGAUUCGACGAAGAAGACGACGACGAAGUUGACGGAAUUCAAACGACCGCCGCUGAAAGCUCAGUGGAUCGACAACAAGACCCGUCGUGGGAAGAAGACGAGGAGGAGGAGGAGGAGGAGGCCGAGCUGCUCUCGCUCUUGUCCAAGGAGCGCGGGGCCAGGCCGGACGUCGGGGAAGACGGGUUCGUCCUCGCGGCGGCGCGGCGCGAGGCCGUGGAGUGGAUGCUGCGGGUGUGGGGCGUCUACGGGUUCUCGGCGCUCACGGCGGUGCUGGCCGUCGACUACCUCGACAGGUUCCUCUCCGGCUCCCGCCUGCAGCGGGACAACAAGCCGUGGAUGACGCAGCUCGUGGCCGUCGCGUGCCUCUCCCUGUCCGCCAAAGUGGAGGAGACCCACGUCCCUCUCCUCCUAGAUCUCCAAGUCGGGGACGCGAGGUACGUGUUCGAGGCGAAGACCGUGCAGCGGAUGGAGCUCCUGGUGCUGUCCACGCUCGGGUGGGAGAUGCACCCGGUGACCCCGCUGUCGUUCGUCCACCACAUCGCCCGGAGGCUCGGCGCCGGGCGGGGCGCGCACCGGGAGUUCCUCCGCCGCUGCGAGCGGCUCCUCGUCGCCGCCGUCUCCGAUUCGAGAUCGCUGGGCUAUCUCCCGUCUGUCCUGGCCGUGGCGGCGAUGGCGCACGUCGUCGAGGAGGCGGAGCCGUUUCGUUCGCCGGAGCACAAGGCCCAGCUUUUGAGCGCCCUCCACAUGAGCCAGGAACAAGUAGAAGACUGUUGCAGAUUCAUUCUGGGAAUAUCAGAGACUGAAAGCAACGCCAUGAACUCGUCCAUCAACAACUCUCUGAAGCGCAAGCGUCACUGCGAUCAUCCAAGCCCGAGCGGCGUGAUCGACGCAUCGUUCAGCUGCGACGACGACUCGAAUGACUCGUGGGCCAUCGACCCGCCGUUCGACCACACGGAUGACGGCAAUCUCAAUCCUCUACCGAAGAAGAGCAGAUCGUCGCCGCCGCCGCCGCCACUGCCGCUGCCGGCGGUGCAAGGCAAGAUGCUGGACUUGCCCUUCAUGAACAGGAGGCUCUUUGAGGGCAUCGUCAAUGGCAGUCCUAUUUAAUACUCUCUCUCUCUCUCUCUCUCUCUAGAAUUUGGAUCACCUUUUGAUUAAAUCAAAGUGAAGAAAUGUGAAGUGAAAGUUGAGGGCUUUGCGUCGAAGAAACGGGAGGGGUCUGCGCUUACGUCUGCAUGUCUUUUUGGCGCACGCUCUCAGUCUCUUCAAUGAUCUCGAAGUGUCCCUUUCACUUCAGAAUUUGCUUCAUGUAUGGACAGGGAUAUAUUAUGUCAUCAUUACAAUAAAAUACAAUUAUUUCGGAA